GUGCUUGAUGAUCUCCCACUUUCUGUGUCUACAAACAAGAAGCUGUAUGUCUUCGAGGUGCCAGACCUGGGAUCCUUGGGGACGAGCGAAUCGGACUACAGCAACGUCGUGGUGAGAAUGUUUGAGAUGGCAACCAGUUCAUUGCAAGCGUCUGAUGCAAACAUUGCCUACUUUUCCACGGGAAAGCUAGGCACCCUGGUUGGCGGCUUGCUCAAUGUUGCUGACUUUCGCUGGCCGAUGAGCAAGGAAGACGUCCAAUUUGCCCACAAGGAGAUGAUUCAGAACUUGCUGACCAAAAAAAGGACUGGGAAAGCCAUGGAAGACAGGAAUGCGGAAGUUCAGAAGCGACAAAGUGUGUGGAACUCUGUCCAGCAAAAUUUUGAAGCACGGGAGGCUGUGAACAGGGAGAAAAGCGCAAUGUACGAGAAGCACCUCAAGAUUUGGCAGAAGAUAGUGCAGUACACGACUUGUGUCCACACACAUGGAAGCCAGAAGCCCCCAGGUGCCACGUGGAAAGAUUUUUGGGUUCAGGGCCUUGGUGCUGAAUGUGCAGGCGCUGAGUUUCCCAUGAUUUUUCAUCAGAAUGAAGAGGUUCUUCCAUUCUGUGAACUGCUCACCAAGCUGAUGGAGCAUGUCGGAACUUUGCACACAGAAACCAAAAAGUUCCAAUCACGGACCUUGAAGUUGUCAGACAGAACAAGAAAGAGAAAACAACAGCACGAUCGUCGACUGGACAGGGUUCAAAAGAAAUUUCAGAAAACAAUGGGCACUGAUGAUGAAGCAAAGAAAGAGGCCAUGAAGAAACGGAGGAGGCAACUCUACCAUAUCAAGCGCCGUGACACUCUGCCCAAGUCCAAGAAAAGAGCUGGUCUCAAGAAGGUGGCUGAAGAGCAUGUGGCUGCACCGCCCGACAAGCCCCGGAGACUGAUAUUCAUCAGCGACAAAAUGAGGGUGGUGAGGUUCUACCAGCAGCUUGUCAAGGAGAAGGAGGCUGCGUCCAAGAUCUUGGCAAAGCAAAUGUCCUCCUGUGUGACCUGGUCUGAACGAGAGCAGCUCCGCGACCAAAAGAAGGAUGCCAAGAAGAUUUGCCGGAGAAACUUGCAGGACGUUUGCCGUCGCACCUUUCCUGAUAUAGUCGGGAAAGCUCAAGUCAGGAAAUGGGUCCUGACCGCUGAGAUUGAAGGGUGGGCUGAUCUUCCACAGCAGCUACAGGCUUCAUCAGUGUCCACUUCAAAUGGAUGGAGGCAGAAGUAUGGGGCAAAGCUCAAGGGCAGAGGAGGAGAGUCUGGAUCGGUACCCAUGUCCAUCAUGCGCGAACUGGACCAGCUACUAAUGAAGCACAGUCAGGGCUACUCUGAGGUCAGCGAACGGCGUGAAAUUGUGGCAACAGCAGCUGGUUUGGUCAACGAUUGGAAUUCCUGCUUGGAAGAGAUGACGGAGGAGAUAAAGAAUCAGAAUGAGCAAAUGUUGUCCAAAUCGCACGAAGCAGCAAUGGCUGGACUGACUGCAUUGCCAAAGCCAUUGAAAGUACCAAGUGCUAGCUGGUGCCGAAUGUUCCAAAAGAAUUGGGGCUGGAGCCUGCUGUCUGCUGGCUCAGAGGCCCAAGCCUACUUGCCAUACGACCACGUGGACAUGGUGAUGAGCAGAAACCAUGUAAAAGACCUCUUCACCACUCAGGGCGUUCACCCAGGUCUACUGCUGAACUUCGAUCAAGUCCUGACAAGUUCUUGGUCGGACGGCAGCAAAGGCCCGCUGGCCUUCUGCAUCCCAGAAGGGGCCAUGACUGCACAAGAAAUACAGAAAUGGAACCAGGAGCACGAGGUGCGGCAUUUUAUCAUAAACAGUCACAGUGAGAUGUGCCAGAGGUUUGGCCUGGACAUCAACGACGAGUCUGCUCUGUGUGGGUUCAUCUGUGAUGCAUGGACGGGUACCUACGCGGAAUCACGUGGAGAGGCACCCCGCAGGAAUGCCUUCUACACGAGCCAUCGGGUGCUUCCACCCAGGAAGCAGCCCGGUGGGUGGAGCAGUCAUGGACAGCCCGUGGAUCAGUUGCAUGGUUGCUUUCGACGUGAAAUUCGCGCCAGAGAUGUUGCUGCCGCUGGAAUGUAUUCAGAUUUGAGGACCCGCCCAGAAUUCCACGAGCUUGAUGUUCGACCAUCAGGGCAGCUGUCCUACGCUGUCAGAAGCUGGGGUGAGAUCCUUCAGCUCACUCUGGAUGCCUGGAAUAGCUUGGAUCCUAAGGUUCACCAAGCUGCAUGGCUCGCAUGCGGUUACAUGGAUCCAGACCACUUCCGUCAGUUCACCAGCGGUGACUUCACCCCGUUGGAGAUGAAAGAAGUGAAGGAUGAAACCGAGACUUGGCUUGCUUUGCCUUAUGAGAUUGCCUCAGCAUUUGUGCGCACUCUCAUGCUUCACAUUCAGAAGCUGAAGGAAGCAUACACCACUUGGCAAGAGUCCGGGACAAAGAAAGCCGAAGAUGCCUACGUGAGCCUGAAAGAAGUGCAGAGGUACAUUGUUCUCAACCACAAGACCGGCCAAAUGGCCACACAGGAAUGGCUGGCCAAAAACGUGGCCGUGUCAGACGGGGUGCCUACUUUCAAGACGAAGAGCAAAGGAACGAUCAUGACUUUGGGUUUCAGGGUGCUGGGGUCUGAUGUUGACCUGACACUGCGACUUGGUGCUGGGAAGCCUGCGCUUAAAGUCCGAUGCUUUGAGUUCAAGACGGGCCUGGUUUCUACUAAGAUGGCAAGCUUGUAUGAUGGGUACAGCCACUUUGUUUCAGACUUUGAGUCGCAGCAAGGCAGUGAUGCUGCUGAUGAUGAAAGCAGCGACGACAUGAUCUAUGAUUCCCACGGGCUUGAAG